UGACGUCGCUUGGUGAGAAGAUGAAGGGGUGACCCACGCACGACAGAAUGGAUGGGUCACGCAUGCGAAACAUGAGCGGAGUGGAUAAAAAGCCGACAGACGACCCUGGUCUACAAUCGACGACUGACAGUUCAUCAUGACAUUCGCGAUAACGAUCAAGACCCCCUGCGACGCUUUUGGCGAACGUCGAGACGCCACAUCGACUUUUGACAGGUGCGCUCCGCAUGAGGGGCCACCUGAUACUCCUGCCCUCUGCCUCGUUCUGCAUUCGACGAGUGCAAUGGACCGAACAACGUCCAAUCUGCUCCGCCUACCGCGCUCGUCCAGCAUAUAAAAACAUACAUGAUCGUCGCGAUUAAGCCAUCCAGGCUUCAAAGCUUUACCAAGCUUCGCCGGCCAUGGCUGAUACUCAAACCCCUUCUGAUUCUAUCCCUCUCACUACCAGAGUUGGCACUCAGAUCUUCGAGCUCAGGCCAUCCUGCGACGCCUUCACCGAAGAGUUCAUCGACCAGUCGCCCCUCGGCCAUGUCCUCUUCGACGCCUCUGCCGGUUCGCUCUGCGUCAACGACCAGCAGAUCUCGGAGGUAUUCUGGAACGACGUCGGCAACAGCGUUGGCUGGGUCUCUUCGACUGCCCAUCUCUGUGAAGGCCACUUGUGGGCGGUCUCGUUUUGAUUGUGCAGCCGCAUUGCUCACUCUACUUGCCAGGUCCCUCUCUGAAGACUGUCGCGAGCUGAUCGGGACCGUUACACGUCGCAAUGGCGAUCGUGUCGUCGUCACAGGCUCGGCUAAGCUUCCGCCAUCGUUGAAGGCGGACGAGGGUGCCGGUGCUCCCCCUGCUUAUAGCUCUGCCUUCCUGGGCGCAACUGGGUGUGUACAUCUUCG